AUGUUGACUGCCCGAUUCCCGAGGUCAGCUUCUGCCUACGAGAACGCAGUCUGCGAGGAUGAGUUUGACGACGACGACAAAUUGUGCACGUCGACGAGUUUCUUCGAAAGUGCGAACGAGGAGAAGAUCGCCGUGGAAACGGAGACUAUCGAGGUGAACCCCGGCGCGUUUUCAUUUUUAUUAGCGUGCCAUCCAUCUCUCCCGCAUGGAAAUGACAGACGGCUUCAUCUUCUUCCCCCUUUUCCGCCGCUGCUUCAAUUAGACUCUGCACGCCGGGUAGGGAGGAAGACAUUGUCCGAUUCAGUGGGGAAUUAAAAUGUCAGCGAAGACGAAAAAGAGGAAUGAUGUGUGUUUUGAGCCACUGAAAAAUAAGAAAAACGCCUUUUUUUACGUUUUGAAGGAUGACGAUCUUCCCUGGGGAUUAGGCACAUUUAGGUUCACAUUUCUCGUGAAAUUUACAGUAAUCCAUCUCGUGACUAUAGGUAAACGUGCCUCGAGACGCCGAACAACCGAACGGGAUUGCGUUUCGAAUGGUCGGAAGCAGAAGCCGUGGCGUAUUCAUCGACUUUGUUCAUUCGAAAUCACCACAAGUGAGUGUGUUCCCACGAGAGAUUUCUGCCAAAUCGCGAGAAGAAUCGCCCUCGCGCGUCCACUUUGUUUUCAUUGAAUCGCUUGCUUCUCAAAAGGGAAAAAAAGAAGUGGAGGAGUAAUUUAGGGAGCAGACGCAUGAGUAAUGGGAGAAACGGCGCAUCGAGUCCGGGAAACGAGCACGCAUAAUUGGCAAGUCCGCGGACGCGCUGAACCCGUCUCAUAACUCACUUAUCCGCCGAAGAAAAGAAUUGCAAUUGCAGAGCGGUAAUCUCCGGGAAGGGGACCGUCUUCUGCGGUGCAACAAGAUAUCGUUGCGAGCGGUUUCCGUCGAUCAGGCGGCAAGUAUCUUCCGUUUCUGGAUGAAUCGGGUCGAUUGUUUGGUGCUUCUCGUGGAACGGAGAGCCGACGGAGAGAGUGUGAUGCUGAAGAGACGCAGACAAGCGAGACUGUCGAUGUGCAAUGAGCAGAAUGAGCAGCAGGGCGGACACGUGCUCUCUGGAAGAGCGACUUUGCGAUUGACGUCUUCGAAGUCGGCAGAAGUGUUCCGGUGUCACAACGAGCAGCCGAUAUUCUCCUCGUUCCACCAGAAGACUCCUCAGUAUGAGUCCUUCGACACUUCCGCUUGCUCCUCUGGCAAAUCCAUCUGUCCUCAAUGCAAUUCCCAAACAAGACUGGUCAGUGUCACUUCUUCACUUCCAUAAUGACUCAAUCUUUUCAGUUUCAGCUAUACUUGCAUCAAUUCUCACACGAUUUUGUCAACAACGCUUUCCGGUUUUUGACUGUUUCCCGAUCGAACUAUUCACUUCUUUAG